UCCCCGUUUCCUACCACCGGCCUCCAGAGCUGCCGCCAUUGAAACCAUACAAUACAAGCGACGAAAGGGAAGAAGGGCGCACCGCACGGGCACUGCGGCACUGAAGCGGCAGGCGGAGACGGCGGUUAGCCGGACAGAUUUUGUGCUAGGGCAAGCAAAUAAGAAUAAUCUGCUAGAAGACUGAAAAACAAAAAAGCAACAUGUCGGCCAGAGGUGGAAAGAAAAAAAUGACCAAAAUGUCACGCUCCAGCAGAGCAGGUGUUAUUUUUCCAGUGGGGAGAAUGAUGCGAUACUUGAAGAAAGGAACAUACAAGUAUCGGAUAGGAGUGGGAGCUCCUGUCUACAUGGCAGCUGUCAUAGAAUACUUAGCAGCUGAAAUAUUGGAAUUGGCCGGUAAUGCAGCGAGGGAUAACAAAAAGGGAAGAAUUGCCCCAAGACACAUUCUUCUGGCAGUCGCAAAUGAUGAGGAGUUGAACCAGUUGUUAAAAGGAGUGACCAUUGCAAGUGGAGGUGUUCUGCCUAGAAUUCACCCUGAGCUUCUUGCCAAAAAACGAGGCAUCAAAAGUAAAUCUGAUACUAUCCUUUCACCUUCCCCAGAGAAGAGAGGGAGGAAAUCUUUGGGAGGGAUCAAGAAGAGUGGAAAGAAGGCAAAGGCAUCUAAAGCCCGGACACCCAAAAAGAACAAACAGAAGGACAGUGAAAAAGAAGGAGCAUCAAAUUCAGCAACUGAUGAUGGACCUGGAGAUGGGUUUACCAUACUUUCCUCCAAGAGCCUUGUUCCAGGACAGAAGCUAUCUCUGACACAGAGUGACAUCAGCCAUAUUGGUUCUAUGAAAGUAGAAGGCAUUGUGCACCCAACUACUGGUGAAAUAGAUCUCAAGGAGGAAGUUGGUAAAGCGCUGGAAAAGGCUGGAGGUAAAGAGUUCUUAGAAACAGUAAAGGAACUGCGCAAGUCACAAGGACCUCUAGAAGUAACAGAAGCUGCUCUUAGCCAGUCUACUGGUCUAGCAGCAAAGUUUGUCAUUCACUGUCACAUCCCACAGUGGGGUUCAGAUAAAUGUGAAGAACAGUUGGAGGAGUCCAUAAAGAACUGUUUAACUGCAGCUGAAGACAAGAAGCUGAAGUCUGUGGCAUUUCCACCUCUCCCCAGUGGCAGAAAUUGCUUUCCAAAACAGACUGCUGCCCAGGUGACUCUCAAAGCCAUUUCUUCCCAUUUUGAUGACUCCAGCCCUUCGUCCUUGAAGAACAUUUACUUCCUUCUCUUUGACAGUGAGAGCAUUGGCAUCUAUGUGCAAGAGAUGGCAAAACUAGAUGCCAAGUAGCAACAGAAGCCAAAUGAAAUUUUAUUUUUCAACAUAAAUUUGAGUAGGAUUGAGAAUUAGAAGUGGGUUUUAUUUUUAAAAUAUUGUGAGGAAGGAGUAUGUGAGUAGCUUCAAAAUUCUGUGAUGGGUGGAGGGCUUUUGUUACGGGAAAAAGAGAGGAAAAAUGUUUGACCUGCAAUUUUAUCAUGCUUUAGACAACCUAACAUUUUGUUUCAUCCCUAAGAGAUUAAGUUGCCAGCUCUCUCUUUAUGUCUCAAGUUAUUUUAGUUUAGACCUUUUUAAAUGAAUUUCAUUUUAGAGUAGCAAACAAUUCAAUGCAUACAAAUACUUAAAACAUGAAUUGUUUGCUCCCAUUUCUUUUCCCAGUGGUAGAUAGAAAUCAUUAUGUUGUGUCUACAUUCCAUAUUGGAGAACGUAAUUUCAGAGAGUUCACUUGGUGCUUUACUGUUUUACCCCAGGAUGACCUGUAAUUACUGAGAAUAUUUCAUCUUAUUUGUUUUUAUUAAAAAUGGCAUUGUGCUUUUUAAAAACUGUAGCUUUAUUUCUCUAAUGUACAUUUCCAUAUAUAUCUUACUUCAGAUGUAAAAUGUAGAGCAGAGAGAAGUCACUGGGGACCAAAAGAUUAUUCCAGUUAGUGAUGUCAAAUUCAACUCUGAUGUGUCAUUUGCCAUUGGAAGAUAUUCAGAUUUACAGAAUUAGACUGAGAAGGAAGCAGGGGUAUUCUGCCCUCUGGGGAACACUUUAAAAAGAGGUGUGGUAAUUGUAAUGCAGCAGACCACUGUGAUGAACAUUCUUCUGCUGUUUUGAAAGCAUUAUCAUCUCAGUUGCAAAGUACUGUGUUUUCACGGCAGUCUAUAAGGAAUGAAGCAAAGCAUCAUCGUUGAUACUUUCACUUCCGCUUUCCUGCUCUCGUCUGCUGUCUUUAUAAGAAUAAGGGCACAGAAUUGAGUUUUCUCCAAGUUGCUAAAGCAAUACAAGCCUGUAAGUGUUCAGGAUUGUGUUGUUGUAAUGCAGUAUGGUGUCUCUUCCCGUUCCCUCCCAUGAUUAAAAAAAAAGUUUAACAAGUCUUUACAUUUACUCUAAAGUCUCACUGAGUUCUGUGAGACUUACUUUCUAGUAAGAGUGCCUAGACUUUUGGCCAGCGAUACUUUCUGCUGUGUUGCCUGUGCCCUAUUCUUUGCAGAUUGGAGUACUGCUGCUCAGCAUUGCUGAUGUGCAGUAUUUCCAGCUUUAUUUUCAUCAUUUCUCCCAC